GUUCCCGGAGAAAGGAAAGGGGAGCGUGGGAUAGUAAAGGAGACGACGCGGAGAAGACGAAAGGACCUACAAGAACGGAGGACAGGCGCGCACGAUGGUCCCGGGGGGAGCGGAAACAAAGGCACGCAAAGCGGAAGAGCGUGUGUAGGGGAGCGGAAAAGGAAGUAACCACCGCGGCCUGCGAGGAAAUGGCGAAAAGUCUUUUGAAGACAUCCUCUCUGUCUGGAAGGACAAAAUUGCUACAUCAAACAGGAUUGUCACUUUAUAGUACGUCCCAUGGAUUUUAUGAGGAAGAAGUGAAAAAAACACUUCAGCAGUUUCCUGGUGGAUCCAUUGACCUUCAGAAGGAAGACAAUGGCAUUGGCAUUCUUACCCUGAACAAUCCAAGUAAAAUGAAUGCCUUCUCAGGUGUUAUGAUGCUACAACUUCUGGAAAAAGUAAUUGAAUUGGAAAAUUGGACAGAGGGGAAAGGCCUCAUUGUCCGUGGGGCAAAAAAUACUUUCUCUUCAGGAUCUGAUCUGAAUGCUGUGAAAUCCCUGGGAACUCCAGAGGAUGGAAUGGCCGUAUGCAUGUUCAUGCAAAACACCUUAACAAGAUUUAUGAGACUUCCUUUAAUAAGUGUUGCACUGGUUCAAGGUUGGGCAUUGGGUGGAGGAGCAGAAUUUACUACAGCAUGUGAUUUCAGGUUAAUGACUCCAGAGAGUAAGAUCAGAUUCGUCCACAAAGAGAUGGGCAUAAUACCAAGCUGGGGUGGCACCACCCGGCUAGUUGAAAUAAUUGGAAGUAGACAAGCUCUCAAAGUGUUGAGUGGGGCCCUUAAACUGGAUUCAAAAAAUGCUCUAAACAUAGGAAUGGUUGAAGAGGUCUUGCAGUCUUCAGAUGAAACUAAAUCUCUAGAAGAGGCACAAGAAUGGCUAAAGCAAUUCAUCCAAGGGCCACCGGAAGUAAUUAGAGCUUUGAAAAAAUCUGUUUGUUCAGGCAGAGAGCUAUAUUUGGAGGAAGCAUUACAGAACGAAAGAGAUCUUUUAGGAACAGUUUGGGGUGGGCCUGCAAAUUUAGAGGCUAUUGCUAAGAAAGGAAAAUUUAAUAAAUAAUUGGUUUUUCGUGUGGAUGUACUCCAAGUAAAGCUCCAGUGACUAAUAUGUAUAAAUGUUAAAUGAUAUUAAAUAUGAACAUCAGAAUUACUUUGAAGGCUACUAUUAAUAUGCAGACUUACUUUUAAUCGUUUGAAUAUCUGAACUCAUUCACCUCAUUUCUUGCCAAUUACUCACUUGGGUGUUUACUGCGUAAUCUGGAACAUUUAGCUAAAAUAUACACUUUUGGCUUAAAAAUUAUUGCUGUCAAUUCCAAUAAUAAUUCUUAGCUUAUAACCAAAGAGCAGUGUUUAAAAGGAGAGCUUCUAUACAAAACCUAUUCCUGGUGUUACUUUUCAUAAAAUUUUUGUUCUGUCCUACCUGGAAAUAAUUUACUAAAAUAACUGAAUGAGUGUUGCUGCUAAAGAACAAAAAUGGGGAGGUAUCAGGGAACAAGAAAACAAGAAAGGUUAUGAUCAAUCAUUUUCUUCUGCUCCAAACAGCCGGAGUAAAAUUCAUGGGAAAUGGCCCUUCAUUUAAAAAAAGAUGUACCUCACUACCCACUACAAAUUUGGAACUUUAUUUGAUCUUUUCAAUAAUUAGUUUUCUAUUGUAAAUUAUCUACCAAACAGUGGUAGCCAUGACUAUCUUUCAAAAGUAAAUGUAAUAAAAAUGCACAACAUGAAAUUUUUAUAAUCAUCCCAGCAAUACACUUUUCAAAAAAUGUGAAAGUCAAAGAAUUAAGUUCUAGUUCUGACUCAUCAUAAGAGGUCAAAAGUAUUUGCUACUGUAACACUCAAUUCACAUUUGAGAAUCAUGGUAAAAAUAACUUGCAUUUGUCUUAUCAUCAUGAUCCUACUGUUGAGUUAGGAAAAUAUGGUUAGACUCACGUUACUUUUUUUCAGAGGUAAACUCUAGAUUACUGUGUCAAUCCAAUACUAUUUGGCCAUAGAUGUAAAAACUACCAAAUAAAAGUGGAUUUUGUGUAAAGUGAA